AUGGCUGAACCUAAAUGGUUGUUGUUCCUCUGGCCAUACCAAGGGUAUACCGAGCUUCUUCCUUGUGCCCUGACGUACUCCCAAGCCACUCACGCUAUCAUGCUAAGCAACCACGAACAGCCACCAACGGCGGUUAGUAGGAGGUAUAUCCUCAACCAUCCCUGGACCUGGCAGCCAGCGGUUGGUCUGUUUACCAUCUUUACACGUGACAAAUUGCAAGGUGAAUCAUCGGAUACAGCGUCCAUGGAAUCCUCACACGGGUUACCGGGACGGGGACGGGGACGGGGGCGUCGAGGCCAGCAGCGAGGAAACACUGCUCCGGGAGCAUGGCAGUUGUGCCACGCUGGUCCGUUGCGGUUUUGGAAAUCUAGGUCCAAUGGGUAG